CACCACCACCACCACCACCCCACCCCACCCCCGACGGCUGGGGGGAGAGGGGAGGAGGCCGCGCGCCCCCUCCCCGGCGCCAACUCCCCCUGGCGGCCGCUCCCAUGGGUGUCGCUGGGCCACGCCAUGCCUAAGGAGGCGCCGCGAUGGGCCAGGGGGACGAGAGCGAGCGCAUCGUGAUCAACGUGGGCGGCACGCGCCACCAGACGUACCGCUCGACGCUGCGCACGCUGCCCGGCACGCGGCUCGCCUGGCUGGCGGAGCCCGACGCCCACAGCCACUUCGACUAUGACCCGCGCGCCGACGAGUUCUUCUUCGACCGCCACCCCGGCGUCUUCGCGCACAUCCUGAACUACUACCGCACGGGCAAGCUGCACUGCCCCGCGGACGUGUGCGGGCCGCUCUACGAGGAGGAGCUGGCCUUCUGGGGCAUCGACGAGACGGACGUGGAGCCCUGCUGCUGGAUGACCUACCGGCAGCACCGGGACGCGGAGGAGGCGCUGGACAGCUUCGGCGGGGCGCCCCUGGACAACAGCGCGGACGACGCGGACGCCGACGGCCCCGGGGACUCGGGCGACGGGGAGGACGAGCUGGAGAUGACCAAGCGCCUGGCGCUCAGCGACUCUCCGGACGGGCGGCCCGGCGGCUUCUGGCGCCGCUGGCAGCCGCGCAUCUGGGCGCUCUUUGAGGACCCCUACUCUUCUCGCUACGCUAGGUAUGUGGCCUUGGCCUCCCUCUUCUUCAUCCUGGUCUCCAUCACCACCUUCUGCCUGGAGACCCACGAGCGCUUCAACCCCAUCGUGAACAAGACCGAGAUCGAGAACGUGCGGAAUGGCACGCAGGUGCGCUACUACCGGGAGGCCGAGACGGAGGCCUUCCUCACCUACAUCGAGGGCGUCUGCGUGGUCUGGUUCACCUUCGAGUUCCUCAUGCGUGUCGUCUUCUGCCCCAACAAGGUCGAGUUCAUCAAGAACUCGCUCAACAUCAUUGACUUUGUGGCCAUCCUCCCCUUCUACCUGGAGGUGGGCCUCAGCGGCCUGUCCUCCAAGGCCGCCAAGGACGUCCUGGGCUUCCUGCGCGUCGUCCGCUUCGUGCGGAUCCUGCGCAUCUUCAAGCUGACCCGGCACUUUGUGGGCCUGCGGGUCCUGGGCCACACGCUCCGCGCCAGCACCAAUGAGUUCCUGCUGCUCAUCAUCUUCCUGGCCCUGGGCGUCCUCAUCUUCGCCACCAUGAUCUACUACGCCGAAAGGAUAGGGGCCCAGCCCAAUGACCCCAGCGCCAGCGAGCACACCCACUUUAAGAACAUCCCCAUUGGCUUCUGGUGGGCCGUGGUCACCAUGACAACGCUGGGCUACGGAGACAUGUACCCGCAGACAUGGUCCGGGAUGUUGGUGGGAGCCCUGUGCGCCCUGGCGGGCGUGCUGACCAUCGCCAUGCCUGUGCCGGUCAUUGUGAACAAUUUCGGGAUGUACUACUCCUUAGCCAUGGCUAAGCAGAAACUACCAAAGAAAAAAAAGAAGCAUAUUCCACGGCCGCCGCAGCUGGGAUCUCCCAAUUAUUGUAAAUCUGUCGUAAACUCUCCACACCACAGUACUCAGAGUGACACAUGCCCGCUGGCCCAGGAAGAAAUUUUAGAAAUUAACAGAGCAGAUUCCAAACUGAAUGGGGAGGUGGCGAAGGCCGCGCUGGCGAACGAAGACUGCCCCCACAUAGACCAGGCCCUCACUCCCGAUGAGGGCCUGCCCUUUACGCGCUCGGGCACCCGCGAGAGAUACGGACCCUGCUUCCUCUUAUCAACUGGGGAGUACACGUGCCCGCCCGGUGGAGGAGUGAGAAAGGAUCUUUGCAAAGAAAGCCCUGUCAUUGCUAAGUAUAUGCCGACAGAGGCUGUGAGAGUGACUUGACCAGGCGGCUUGGCCCAGGACACUGGUGGCUAUUAAGCAUCUGGGUGGACCUGCAGCCCCUCCUCGCCCUCGGACAGAGUAAAUGCACGCCAUGCAGGUUUGCCGGACGAGUCCGAGUGGCCCAGGCCUUGUACUAGGACGGACGUAGCUUUUCCUACGGCCAAAUGGUAACUGACCGUAGAGAAUUUCUUUUCCUUCUUUUCUUUCUUUUUUUUUUUUUUUUCUUAAAUUUUAUUUUACUGGGGGAGGGGGAGGUGGAGGGGUUCCUUAGCAUGACUUGCAUGAAGUAAAAUAGAAAAACCCAGCAAGCCAAACCCACCCACCCCCUGCAACUGUGUGAUGACCCUACACAACAACAACGAAGAGAAGAAAAACACAGAAGUCCUCCUCUAUUUUCUUUCAAAGCUCUUUACUUUUACACUCGCUGGAGCCAGACUGUAAGGGCGUUCGGUAGAAACCUGUACAUUUCUGGGGAGGGGGGGAGGGGAGGACGGGAGCACACUGCUUCCCUAUUUUUGUACACGAGAUCGAGAGAAAGGGUUCCCGGAAGGGCAGUCGGUCGGUCAUCCAUCGGUCAUAUUGACCUCACCUUCAUAAUCAUCUCUCACGUGGAAACUGAGAACUCUGCUCCAAAUACAAGUGUGGAAACGCGCACUGCUGCCUUCUUCCCUGUCCGGCAUGCCUGUGACCCCUCGGACGUCGCCCGAGACCCCUGGCAGCGGCUAGUCUAGGUCGAUUCUAUCAUCUUUUCUGGUGUGUAGAUCCAGCGUAACCAACGUUCAUGACAAACCAUUCGUAGUAAAUAACCAACGUCGUACGGAUCUCCCACAUGUCUCUUUAGAGCACUGAAAGGUCAGGACGGCGGGAGGGGCGGCCCUCCUCCGUUACUAAGGCACAACCUGGCAUUGUAUGCACUUUAGUAUUUCGGAGUAAAAACUGCAUGCCCAAUGUUAUGCAAAGCGAUUCUAGCAUGAAAUAAAUUUUGUAUCCUGGUUUCUGUAUAGUCUAAAGCAGAUUUGUUUUCCUGAAGCAAUGGGAGGUUUGCAGAGACACACGUCUGCAUCUCGAAUAAAUAUAGUAUUUUCCCAAAAGACGCAGAGGACAGUAACUUGGCUUUGGUCUGAUUCUAAAAUUAGUGGCGGGGGUGAGGGUGGAGGUGGGGAAGAAUGAUAUUUUUGAGAAACACACGCUUGAGUUGAAAAAAAAAAUAAAAAAUGCAACGUCUCGAGCUCUGGCUGCAGCUCGCAACAUUUCCUGGAAAGAGAGCAAUGCUGCUUUAGCUCAACACCCUCCCCCACCCCGGGCCCUGGCCCUCCACAAUAAAAUGCUGACUUUCGAGAUGAA